AUGAGAAUCCACUACCUUCUGGCGGUCACGGCAAUGGUGGCCCUGGCGUAUCAUACGUGGGACCAAGGAUCAGAAUCCCGCUGGCAAGUGAUUGGUGCUGGGGCCCUAUGGAUCUUGCUGAGUUUCGUUGCCGUCUCUCAUGCAGUUUUCGUCCAACAACGCUGGAGUGCUGGACGGCCCGCCGUAACCAUACGUCCCUUUCAUGAUCUGCUUCGCAUGGACAUUACAGUGUCCCCCCAUUGGCGCAUCCGGCCGGGGCAGUACGUAUACCUCUGGUUGCCUCACGCGGGAUUUCGCUCGUGCUUCCAACUCCAGCCUUUCUAUGUCGCCUACUGGGAUGACCCGCCCGAAUCGCGCAUCCUGUACGUUCUGACCCGAACGCAAGCCUCAAGCCUCAGCACACAACUCUAUCUCCGCGAAUGGCUACACCAGCGUCGACAGCCCGCACUGUUGCUGGGACCAUGCGGCCGAUCGAUCGACUUCUCUCUAUUUGGGACGAUUGUGUUCAUCGUAGAGGACAUUGGUAUUUUGCGAAUGCUUCCCUAUAUCCGCAUGCUUGUCCAGGAUAGCGAGCAACGGCGGGCCAUGGUACGCAAGUUGAAAAUCGUGUGGCAGAUGCAAGACUUUGACCACCAAUACUGGCUGGGCGAUUGGAUGCAGGAAUUUCUGGAUCUCGACCGCGGUGAAUUCAAGAUUCUUGAAUUUCGUCUGUAUUACCUUACAAAGGGGCCAUCCGUUAACCCCGGUGAGGGGUUCGGAGAGCGAAUCAAACUGUGUCAAGGGCCACUGAUGGCCAGAGAAAUCGUCCAAGGCCACCUGAGCAAGCGCCGUGGAAAGCUAGCUGUCGGUGUUUGUGCCCGCCAGUCGAUGCGCCAACAAGUCCGUGAUGUUGUUCAGCCUCGGACGGGACCGGAUAUCAAACUCUUUGACUUCGACCCGAGGCAGGUCAUGCCCGGGAGGCUCCUUGUCGCAAAAAGGACAUUGCAACCGCUCCGGGCCCAAGUGACUUUCAGCAGUGGGUUGCCUCUCUCAUACUUGAAAGUUACUGAGAAUAACGUGAGUUCCAGCAUGCCUAGGACACAACGAUUCUCCUUACGCGCAGCCGAUCCCAUGUGGCAGUGGCAUCCAUCGCUGCUUCUCGUCUUCCCCAUACAGUCCAAUUCCUACACGCCCAACACAGACCGGACGGAUUUCCAAUUACCUCGUUUAUUGGUUGGUGAAAGGUCCACUCGCUUGCGGGGCCGCACCCCCUUUCCUCAGUAA